GGUGAACAACGUGAAUGUACAACAUGUUGUGAGCUGCGCCUUUUCUAACUUCUGCCAUGCUUUUACUCGGAUUACAGAAAUAAGACCGUGUUGGAAGCUGAAUUUACCCGGCAGUGAGGUUUGAGUUGUGUCAUCUACCACCGUGAUGAUGCAAUAUGGAUGACUCCCCCUGGAACACAUAACUGAAGGACAGAGAUUAGGAGGAAAACGCUGAAGGCGUUCAACGUAAAAGCAGUUCUUAUCACAGACGUUCACAGGACAUCAUGUCUUUCUCUGCAAAACAUGAGCGAACCAUUUGUGUUCUCCUUCCAAAUAAAGACCAACUGGAUAUCGGUGUUGGGCUGAAGUCCUCAGGGCAGGAUGUUUUCAAUAGAGUAAAAGAGCUUCUCGGAAUCAAAGAGCUGCAUUUCUUUGGCCUCACUGUGGUGAGAGACAAUGAGCAUGUAUUUUUAGACAUGGAAGAAAAGCUAACCAAGUACUUUCCUAAGGAAUGGAAGCAAGACUCUGGGAAGGUAUCACAGAAGAGACCCUUUUUUCUAGUGCUCUUCCUCAAAGUGCAGUUUUAUGUUGAGAAUGGAAGACUCAUUAGUGAGCGAAAGGCGCGACAUCUCUACUACUCUGCCUUGCGGGAGCGAGUGCUGCACUCUGAAUGUCGUCAGCAGGAGGAGGUUUACUUCCAGCUGGCAGGUUACGCACUACAGGCCGACCUCGCUGACCACCCCCUGGAAAGGGAGGGAGCGGAGGUCACGCCUUACUUUGAACCCAAGGACUACUUUCCUCCAUGGAUCAUAGCCAAACGUGGCGAGAGCUAUCUCCUGUGCCAUGGGCCCAAAGUACACCAGGAGUUGUGGGGGAUGUCCGCUCGUGAUGCCGUCCUCUGCUUCAUUAGAGACUCGUGUCAACUUGAGGACGUACCUGUCACAUUUUACAGAUUGCAAAAGGAUAAAAAAGAGGAGAGAGGAACAGCAUUGCUUGGUCUGACCCUACGAGGAAUGCAAGUUUAUCAGGAGGUGAACAACAUGCGACAGCUGCUAUAUGACUUCCCUUGGUCAAAUGUUGGCCGUCUAACCUUCCUGGGUAAGAAAUUUGAGAUCCAACCAGAUGGCUUACCGUCAGCGAGGAAGCUGGUGUACUACACUGGGUCAUCGUUCCGCUCUCGACACCUCCUGUUACACCUGAGCAGCAGCCACCAGCUCUACCUCAGUCUGCAGCCUGCACUCAAACACCUCCGCCAGCUGGAGGAGAGCAAAGAGAAAAAGUGUUACAGAGAGUCGUACAUUAGUGACGACCUAGAUGUGGACCCACCGGGCAGUGAAAGCAGCCCUGGUCUGUCCCGACACUCCACCAGCAGCUCCGGCAUCGAGGCAGACGCCCGGCAGCACAGCAUCAGCACCGAGGUCACCUCCACGGAGGAAGAAGCUCCCCUGCAUGGAGAGAAGGGUCUGGGAUCAGCAAGACGGGACAGCCCGUGCACCUCUGGGUUCAACUCCAUCAGUAAGCCUGGAAUGGAAGACGAAGACUGGCAAGAGGAAGAAAGUAAAACCAGCGCUGAAAGACCAAAGGAGGCUCUGGUUGAUGGUCCUUAUCAGAUGUUCCAGUUAGCUGAUCUUCUGGAGGGGAUAUCUGUGGAUUGUCCAGGCUUCUUCUCUGAUAUACGCUCACCAGAAGACAAGGAGUGUAACAUAGACUGCAGUAAAGAUGUUGGAACGUCAUCAAAUACAGAGAGUUUAAAUCAGGUACAGAAAUCCAGAGCGCACGCUAGCGUGGACCGACACAGCCACAGUCUAGAUGACGUCCGUCUGGUCCCACCGCCUGCAGGAAUGGCACUGCCCCCGGAUUCCUCCCACAGUUACACCUUUGGGCUCCCAGAUACCACGACGAGUACAAAGACUUUGGAUGAUCACAGUUAUUAUCCCCUUUUGCACUGCCAAUCCAAACCUUGUUUCUAUGGCCGCCGAUCUACCAACUGCCUCUCCCUGGACAUGUUGAGUGAUGAGCAGCAGUUCCUGGAGUUUAUACUGUGAACACAGUGAUGCUCACUCCUGCUCUCUUCCUCCGUUUACAGUGCAACUUGAUAUGGAGGUCACCAACACAAGUUUUAUGAGUGUUUACUUAAGUUUGCAGAGACAUUAUUGAAAAUGGCCAAAACCUUACGUGCCUCCUCCAAGAUGUGUGGAUUGGAUAGCAGACCUGAUUCACCAACAUGUCAAUGAGUAAACAGAAGCUAUUUAUUAAUUUUGUAUAUUGUGUACAUAAUACUUGCACUGUUUUAUUACUUAUCAAGUUCUCUAAAGAAAAAACACCUGAUCAAGUCACUUGUCUUUUUGCAAGUUCACUCUUGAAAUUCCCUGAAAUGUUUCAGUAACUUUAUGUCAAGUUGAUGAAACUUGCUACAAAUUGAUGUUUUUAAUAGAUACAUCUGUGUGCUGCAUAGGACAUCCAUGUUCCUUGCUUUUAGUCUAUUUUUCUAAGCAGAUUUCUGUGUUUUUUAUUUAGGAAAAUUCCUAAAAGCCAUGGUGCUAAUGUUUAUUUUUGUAAAAUGGUGUUUUAUAAUAUGUUUUCAGUCACGUGGUUUGUCGUGCUGCUUGUUGUUAGUUUUACAGCUAUAAUGAUUUACUAAAAAUCUGACCUUUCACAGCUGGUCAUGCCUUCAUCCAAAGCUUACCCAUCCUAUACUAUCUUUCCUCAUUUGUAAUUAUAAAAGUAUUAAAAGUGAAACAUUAUUUCUGUAAUCAGUAAUUGUAUAAUGAAUCUGUAGUAUGUUUGUGUUACAUAACCUCUGAACAAAAAGCCUUUGCCAAUUUUUUUUCUCAGACAUUGUCACUGAUUUGUUUUUGAUGUCUUCGGCUAAUAUGAGGUCAUGUGGAGAGAAUGCUAGUCAUUAAACACAGAAAAGCUUUUAUGCAAUACUUAUUAUAUGUGAAUAACAAAGAUAUGUUAAAUCCUAUUUUUUGAGUGUUUUUCUUUCUUCAAAAAGCACUGUUUUUGGAUUAUGGUGAAAAUAAACUC